AUGGAUAUCCUCAAGAUUCUGUCCAGAGGAACUAAAAAGGGCGCUGGUAAAUCCAGCGCUGCCACUCUCCCACAAAAACCGACAAACCCCCAGCUUUACCAUGACCCAACGCGAGGAGUCAAGCGGAAACGAGCCAACGAAGCCCCACUAGCGCAACCUUCCACCGACGACGGGGCCGACGAUGUCGACUUCUUUGCACCAAAGGAGAACAAGAAACAAGCUAUCACACCCGAAGCAAUCGAAAAUACUCCAGCAGUCCAGGCUGAGAAUCUGGUCCCUUCGGCGCAGCUCGACGAAGAGGACGUGCGCCAGGUGCUGCGGUCACAUCGACUCAAGUUUACCCUAUUAUCCUCCCACGAAGAGAAGCUAGCAAAAAUAAAGAAGUGCAAGAAGAAGGAGAAAAUUAAAGCUAAGACGAAAGAUACCAAGCAACCGCUCUUCCCCCAACUGAUGACUUCGUUCAAUGAACUCAAAUCCAAAUACAACGCCUCGGCGAGGUUGAUCGAGAAUAUUGCGAAGCAAGGCUAUCGUAUACCCACAGAGGUGCAACUGGGCAGUUUACCUUUAUUGAUGCAGCCAGAAACAGCUUUGGCGGGCACAUUGGGGGGAACCAACAACAUUACGGCUGAUGAAGGCGUCCAUUUCCUCGCCGUGGCCCCUACCGGCAGCGGCAAAACCUUGUCGUUCCUGAUACCGACCAUGAACAGCAUCAUGAGGAGACGAGCUGAAAUAGGCCAGCAGAACGAGCAUUCUUUGGAAGCCAUUAUUGUCGCCCCGACUCGCGAGUUGGCUCACCAAAUUGCCAACGAAGGACGAAAGCUCGCGGUUGGAACAGGUGUGAAGAUUGUGGCUUUCAAGAAGGGCAUGAGAAUACCUGUGGAAGGGCAAGAGGUGGAGCCCGACGAUGGGAACAGUUCAGAUUCUGAGGAUGAUGCUUCAGUUCCCUCGGAGGACGAAGCACCUGGUGGCACAGACAAGGCCAGUUCUCGGCCAGUGACUAGAGCGGACAUUCUGGUCACAACCCCAUUAUUACUACUCAAUUUUCUGACCAAAAGGGCCAGGUCGAAGAGGACGUUACCUAAUGUGAGGAGUCUGAUAUUGGAUGAGGGAGAUGUGCUGCUUGACCCCUUAUUUCGAGAUCAGGUGCUGGGAAUAUGGACAUCCUGCACCCACGAACUGUUGAGGUUGACGUGCUGGUCUGCGACCAUGGGGUCUAAUAUCGAGACGUUGGUGAUGGAGCAACUUGCCUCGCGGCAAGUCUCAUCGUCGCCCGUUCCCCUCAUUCGGCUUGUGGUGGGUCUCAAGGACACCGCCGUUCCCAGCAUCAACCAUCGUCUCAUAUUCACAGGUGAUAAUGAGAGGGGUAAGCUGUUUACUCUCCGUCAGCUUUUACAUCCAAAUGUCGCAAGCGACUCCCUUCCUGACAUGCGUCUACCCUUCUUGGUGUUCGUACAAAGCAUUGAGCGAGCCGUGUCUCUUCACGAUGAGCUGAAGUUUGAGUUUCCGGUGGAAGCAGGGGGCUCCACCCGCAUCGCAUCCCUUCAUUCGUCACUUUCGGACGCGGCGCGAUCAAGUAUCAUUACUCGAUUCCGCGCGGGCGAGAUCUGGGUCCUCAUCACCACCGACCUCUUGAUGCGCGGUAUCGACUUUCGCGGUGUAAACGGCGUCAUCAAUUACGAUGUACCAGCAUCCUCUGCGGCUUACGUCCACCGAGUUGGACGCACCGGUCGUGCCGGUCACGAAGGUGGCGUUGCCGUCACCUUCUAUACCAAGGAAGACGUGCCUCACCUCGCGCUUAUUGCCAACGUCAUCGCGCUGAGCGAAAAACAGGCCGGGAAGAGCAGCGAGGAGGGAUUGCCCAAGUGGCUGAUGGACGCCCUGCCCAAGGUCCGUAAGGAAGACAAGAAGAAGCUCAAGGAGCGCGGUGUGGAGUCGCGGCGGGGGAGUAAGGCGCAGAUCUCGUCUAAGAGUGCUUGGGAGAAGAAGAGGGAGGAUAAUAGGAAGGGUGCCAUUGCUGGAAGCAAAAAGCGGAAGUUGGAUGAGACGACUACGGGGCGUGCUGGUGGUGGCCAAGACAGCGAGUGGAGUGGCAUCGAUGACUAG